AUGGGCAACGGCUCGGCGGCCGUGCUGGAGCCCACGUACACUGGCUACGUGGCUUCGACUCACGAUGCCCUCAUCCUCUUCGAGGCCUGUCUUACCGGGGUGCUGCACCACGUCCCCCGUCGUCCGCACGACCGCGAACGCGCCCAGCUGGUCCGCUCGGGCAGCGUCUUCAUCUACGAGGAGAACGCCUCGGGCAUCAAGCGCUGGACCGACGGCGUCACCUGGUCGCCCAGCCGUAUCCUGGGGAACUUCCUCGUCUACCGCGAGCUCGACAAGCCCUUCCCUCCCGGCGAGAAGAAGCGCGCCGUCAAGAAGGGCAGCAGACGGCCAACCCAGUCUGCCCGGGCAGGAGAGCCAUACCCUCGCCUGCAGGACAAUGGAGCUGGCGCCAACGGGGCCGUCGCGGCGGGUGCGUACUCGCCCGGUGCUCCCUCGCCCGCCACCGCUGGCGCCGGGGUGGGAACGGGGUUCGCUGAGCGAGGACAGCAGUCCGAGCUCGAACGCGCCCUCGUCGGCUCCCUGGUCGACUCGUACGGCUUCAAGGACUCCGGCCUGGUCAAGAAGACGAUGAGCGUCACCGUCUCGGGCGUGACGCACCACCUGGUCUCCUACUACAGCGUCGACGACGUGAUGCGCGGCGCCCUCAGCCCGCCCAGCAUGGUCGAGUCGCUGCGCUACAUCCGCCCCCGCCAGGAACUCACCACGAAACAGAGCUUCCGCGCCCCCAUCGAGGAUCCCGAUCAGCCCAGCCUCGACGACGGUGAUCCCUCGCAGUCACUCUACGGCUACCGCCCCAAUCCGGCCGCCGCCAUGAGCACCGGCUACUAUGCCAUGCCGCCCCAGCCUCCCUACGCGACGCACUCCUCCCACCAGCCGCACCAGCAGGCCCAGCAUCACCAGCAGCACCAGCAGCAGCCCCCACCCCCUCCGUCCGUGCCCGGCUACGGCGUCGCGCCACCCCAGCAGAAUCCUUACCUCCAGAGCCCGGCCGCGGCCACCUCUGACCUGCCCCCGAAGACGGAGGAGUACGGUGCCUACCGUGGCCCGGCCAGCUACCCCACGGCCUUCCCCCCUUCGUCUGCCGCUCCUCCGCCUUCUCACCUCUACCGCACGCCCAGCAUACCCACCAGGCCGUCCGCGUCAGACAUACCCACCACCAUCGAUCCUGCCGGAUCCCCCAGCACCAGUGCCUACUCCAGAGCCAGCUUCAGCCUGCCCGGCGCCAUGGACUCCAAACCGCCCCCUCAGCAGCAGACCCAGCAGACCCAGCAGCAGCAGCAGCAGCAGCAGCAGCAAACGCUCGACCAACGAUCCACCUACCCUGGCCCCGCGCCCACCAGACGCGAGUCCGGAUACUACGAUCAAGCUCAGGCCCAGGCCCAGGCCCAGGCCGCUCACCAGCGUCGCACCUCCAUCCAGCAGCAGGCCCCGCAACAACCUCAGCCCACGCAGCAGCCAUACUACUCCAACACCGCCGCCACAGGCCAGAGUUCCUAUCAGGGCGCUCCUCCCAUGUCGACCUGGGGGGCCACCCACGGUCAAGCCAUAUAG